AUGCAACGAAUGGCCACUUCACUUGAACAACGUAUGCCAAAUUGGGUUAUAGAACAUAAAUUAACAAAAGAACAAAUAAUAGCAAAUAUUAGUUCAUGGCUUACGAAACAUUGCAUAAAAAUUGCUGUUUUUUCACUUAGUAAUAAUCUUCUUUAUUCAUGGAGAGAUGCUUAUUAUAGUACAAAUAUUCCACAUAUUGAACAUGUUAUACAAGUAUUUACUCGUUUACAUCGAGAAAUAUAUUUAUUAGAUCAUCUAAUUGAUAUUCUUAUAUCUGAAUUUCAUUCAUUAUAUACAUAUAAUUAUGCUGUACUAUGGCUUAAUACAGAUUUAACGAAUCCAUGA